UUGCCAACAAUCUGAGGCAGCCUUUUCCGGAGCCAGUCAGCAGAGUGUGGUGUGUGUGUCUGUCUGUCGGCUACACUUGACUCUCCGCCGGACCCGACACCUGGAAGCAUGCUGUCCUUUGCGAGACAACUCACACGGCCCCUGUGCCACAGAGCCCCACUUCGUCUCGGUCUACGUGGGCAGCAGUCCCAUGCUGCCACUCAUUCAGUAAAUGAAGACCGACCAUGGACGGGCCAGGAUAGUCUGGCUCAGGAUGACCCCGAGAUGUGGGAUCUUCUGCGUAAAGAGAAAGACAGGCAGUGCCGUGGCUUGGAGCUCAUUGCCUCUGAGAAUUUCUGCAGUCGAGCUGCUCUGGAAGCACAGGGCUCCUGUCUGAACAACAAAUACUCUGAAGGCUACCCAGGACGACGAUACUAUGGUGGAGCAGAAGUGGUCGACCAAAUUGAGCUACUGUGCCAGAAGCGAGCUUUGGAGGCUUUCAACCUGGACCCAGAUCUGUGGGGUGUGAAUGUCCAGCCAUACUCGGGCUCGCCUGCUAACUUUGCCGCAUACACCGCUGUGCUGAACCCCCAUGACCGCAUCAUGGGCCUGGACCUGCCUGACGGGGGACAUCUGACACAUGGCUACAUGUCGGAUGUAAAGAGGAUCUCCGCUACCUCCAUCUAUUUCGAGUCUAUGCCCUACAAACUAAAUACUGCAACAGGACUCAUAGACUAUGAGCAGCUGGAGUUGACAGCCAAGCUGUUCCGGCCCAAAAUCAUCAUUGCUGGCACAAGCGCCUAUGCCCGCCUCAUUGACUAUGCCCGCGUCAAGAAGCUGUGCACUGACAUCAAUGCCUACAUGCUUGCUGACAUGGCCCAUAUAAGUGGCCUGGUGGCAGCCAGUGCCGUCCCCUCUCCCUUUGACCAUGCUGACCUUGUCACCUCUACCACACACAAAUCCCUCCGUGGAGCCAGGGCCGGCCUCAUCUUCUACCGCAAGGGCGUUCGCUCAGUGGAUAAGAAGGGGAAGGAGAUCAAGUAUGACCUUGAGGACAAGGUCAACUUCUCAGUCUUCCCCUCUCUACAGGGUGGACCUCAUAACCAUGCCAUUGCUGGUGUGGCUGUGGCACUCAAACAGGCCAAUUCUCCCAUGUUCAAGGAGUAUAUCGCCCAAGUACUGAAGAACGCCAAGGCUAUGGCUGAAGGUCUUCUCAGUAAAGGCUACACCCUGGUAUCAGGUGGGACCGACAAUCACCUGGUCCUAGUAGACCUGCGGCCUAAGGGCAUUGACGGAGCUCGAGCCGAAAGGGUUCUGGAACUUGCGUCAAUCACAGCCAAUAAGAACACCUGCCCUGGGGACAAGAGUGCCCUGACUCCUGGUGGCCUCAGGCUAGGUGCUCCAGCCUUGACCUCCAGGCAAUUCAAAGAGGCGGACUUUGUGCAGGUUGUCGAGUUCAUGGACGAGGGCUUCAAGAUUGCUUUAGAUGUCAAGAAAAAGACUGGCAAGCUCCAAGACUUCAAGACUUUUCUCCUUCAGGACCCAGAGACUGUGGCUCGCAUCGCUGAUCUGCGCCACCGCGUCGAAACUUUUGCCAGGCCCUUUCCCAUGCCAGGCUUCCACGAUCAUUAGACUAGUCUGUAUGGACUCGGUGCUGAAAGCCAGGUGAUAAAAAUCUGGCUGAGCAGAAAUGUCUUAGGAGAUGGGAUAUGUGUCAAGUGGCGCUCAGAUGUGGUUGGUGUCGGGGAAAGUGGGCUAAAUGUUGGAAGUUCUUUUUUAUACUUCUUUGCAGUCAUCACUCAGAUUGUUCUUACAAAAAACAUAACCCUCAUUUUGAGGUUCAAAAAACAUUAUUACAGCAGGCUUUUUUUUUAGGGGCAUAUAAAUGUUUUGUAUUGAAUGUGUAAAGAUCUGUCUCUUGGCUUUACAGCAUUCCUGUCAUGCGGCAAUUAUCGGAGAAUGUCAGAAUGUACAUGAACCAACCGUUAUCGUUUACAGAGACUGUGACCUGAUAAAUGUUAAACUAGUCGUAAUAAAUUAAAUUGAAGAGUCUUAAUGCUAGAUAAUUAUAUUUACAUGGAGAUGUGUGCAUAGUUUACCACUCUUACUUACGGUACGUCAACAAAAGCUUCACAAUGGGAGGAUUUGUUCUGUCAAACAGUGUUGUGUUGACCAUGUAACAUUUUUUGGGUCGAAAUGAAAACAAUAAAAGAAAAAUAUCACUUGGGAAAUGCUAGAGCAACUAGGGCAAAGUGCAACUGUCUUUUAUUAUACUACAGUCCAAUGACUACAUAUUUGGUCAAAUAAAUAAUCACAAAAAGGCAGCAAAGAUAAUAUACCAUGAGCUAAACGGUACAAGAUCCUAUCAAUGCUGCCUUUUUAAUGUCAAAAUCUAACCAGGUUUGUUGAUUCCUAUUGAGGUGAUUUUCAUCUGCUUUCUUUCUACAUAUCAUAGGUGUCGCGUUUCUAUUGCUCUGUUUUAUAUAGUUACAAAUGAUUAAUAAAAUAGCCAAAUGGGGAACAAAGAUAUCCUCCCCCUUUGUUUCACACGGUCUUUUAAGUGCAUUUAAAAAUAGUAUAUAAAUAUACAUUUGUAUAUAUUGUUAGGAAGAAUUCCUAAAUGACAGUGUAUCGCACAUCAUUUUCGGUGGCCUGUACUAAUAUUCUAGUAUAAUUUGUUUCUCUAGAGAAGGUUUGUUAGAAGUGCAGUCACUCCCUGACUUCAGUGUCCUUUACAUCCCUGCAUGGAAACUGAAGCAGCUGGAUUUCAUAAAACAUUUUUUUACAGUACUUUGUUGUCUCUCUGGUUCACAGAUUGGCACUGUUGUCAUUAUCACUGCAUCAGUGAGGAAACUAAAUUUAUGCCUGAGAAAUGGUCUUAGAGCACAAAUGAGGAAAACAAUAUUGGAAAUGGUGUGGUGCUUUCUUACUAUGCACAAAACAGCUUCUUUAAGUAAACCGAACUGGCCAAGUGAGUGGAUGGUUUUCACAGCAAAUGGAAUAGACUUACAGCCAAAGUUAACCAACAAGUAUUUUAUCAGUGUUGAUUGUCUGUUUUCAUCUCUUGACCUGUUGCCAGCAAUUGUACAUCAAAUUUGAAAUGCCAUAUAUAACCAUUUAUGUUCAUAGCCAAAUCCUAAUAAAAUGAAAUGAUGCAAGCAUAA